CAAUGCUUUGAUCUGUCACCAUAUCCACACUCUCUUUCUCAAACGACCAGCACGUCCUUCUAGUAACUUCACGGCUGCUUUGUCGCUGUACCAAUGGCUUUGUCUAAUCUGAAAUAUCCUCGAAUCGUUGGCUUUCAACUUAUUGAACGCAUUGGCGGCGGAGGGUUCUCAACCGUCUAUAAAGCGGUCAACCUAGAGGCACAUCGUGUUGCAGCAUGUAAGGUCGUCGCACUCACUUCGGAGACAACUCCACAGGACCGAAAAUCACUCGACAAGGAGAUGCGUGUUCAUACUGCGAUGAAACAUGUACAUGUACUAGAGUUCUACAACGCGGUCAUUGUUGAAGACGAGCCGAAAGCCAAGUACUUUCCUGCUGUCUACAUGCUGCUGGAGCUUGCUAGUGGAGGGGACUUAUUUGACAAAAUUGCUCCGGACCUCGGCGUCGAUGAGGAAGUCGCCCAAUAUUACUUUAACCAACUCAUAUCCGGCCUUCACUAUAUUCACGAGCAAGGUGUAUGCCAUCGAGACCUGAAGCCUGAGAACCUGCUUCUCGACGCAGCCGGGAGACUCAAGAUUUCAGAUUUUGGACUAUGCUCUGUUUUCCGACAUAAGGAAUCUGGUAGAGAAAGGCUUCUGACGGAGCGAUGUGGUAGUUUGCCAUACGUUGCACCAGAGCUUAACUCGACUGCCCCAUAUCAUGCCGAACCGAUUGACAUUUGGGGAGCAGGCGUCAUACUCUUUACACUUCUUUGUGGCAAUACACCUUGGGACGAGCCGUCAGGGCAUAGCCACGAGUUUCGUCGCUACGUACGAGGAGAGAUCCUCGAUGACCCGCCGUGGAAUCGCCUUACGACGGAUUCGCUCUCACUGAUCCAAGGGAUACUGAAUAUCAAUCCUGCCGAGCGCAUGACGAUUCCUGAAAUCAUGGUGCAUCCGUGGUGCUUGCGGCCAAGCCAGGUGGAAGCAGAGGGCCAAGCUGCUCUUGCUCAGCGACUUACCCAGUCGCUUCAUACAACUGGUGAUAUGGGAGUAAUUGAUCCCCACUACACGCUUCCUGAGCAAAUUAAUGGUGACGAAGAUGAAAUCAUCUCAUCAACGUAUCAGUCACAGUUCACGAAGUCUCUUUUGCUCUUCUCUCAAACUCAACGUGGUCGUCGCUAUACGCCACACCUCACACGUUUCUACAGUAGCUUAGGCCCUGAGGGACUUAUGGAACUUGUAAUGACGGCUGUGACAGAGCUCGGUGUGAAGAGCAAGCUAGCACAACCAGACCCGUCUGAGCCUGAACGUCUGCGACUUCGUGUCGGCGGGUAUGACAAGCGACAUGAAGUGUUCAAAGGCUGGAUCGAGAUUGAACCGUUUGUAUACCAAGGUAUUGAAGGUUCAUUUUGUAUUAUGCAGCGUGAUCAGGGUAACCCGAUUUCGUGGCGUCAAUUGUGGAAGGCCGUCGUUCAAGAUGUUGGGGUGGGACCCCACGUGCUUAAGCGUACUUGACCAGAUCUCGCUGCAUACACUAGAUUUAUAACUUCUUCUGGGUUAUUGGUUCUGUUGUAUUUGUCAACACAUUUGACGUAUUUUGUGUACUCGCCCAGAUUCAUGUACGUCCUUUCUCUUUACGGUCAUCUGUGUUGUCUGUUCAGUCCACAAUUCUUUGUCCAGUGUUGUUGCUCUACACCGUUCUGUUAUGCUUUCCUCUCUCAACGCCAUCAUACUCCAUUUCU